AUGAGUAAUGAUGAGAAACCUCAUGACCUAUCAACCGAAGAGCUUGCAGUAAUUAAUCGGAGGAUUGCAGAUGCUCUUGAGCCGAUGGAGAUAGGAAGCUUGGGCGAACAGCAGCAGCGAAAAGCGGACAGCAGCUGCGUGGACGACGGCGACGGCGGAGUUGUGACAGAGGAGAGACCGAGGCGACCCCAGCUGCGGCGACAGGCUAUCGGCAACAGCCACUGCGAGUCAUGGUGGCACUGCAGUGCGGGAGAGAAGGGGAACGGAGUUUCUCAAAAAUCCACAAUUUCUUCAGCUUUUCUCACGGACUCGUUCGUUGAAGAAACCAAUGGCAACACAUCAGGAGAGCCUGAUAUAGAGAUGGGCCUUCGAUUUACUAGGAGUAGCUCGGAUGUGUCCUUGGAAUCUUUCAACAAGCAGAUACAAGAGGUUGAGAAGCAGGUGGACAAGCUCUCUGUUUUGCUACAGAACCUCAAGGAAGCCAAUGAGGAGUCAAAAUCGGUUACCAAAGCAUCUUCGAUGAAAGCUAUCAGGAAGCGGAUGGAGAAAGACGUUGGUGAAGUGGGAAAGAUAGCACGCGGUAUAAAAGUGAAAAUCGAGGCACUAAACAAAGAUAACAUAGCUAAUCGACAGAAGCCUGGUUGCGGAAAGGGGACGGCCAUUGAUAGGUCAAGAACGAACAUGACAAAUUCCUUAACGAAGAAAUUUAGAGACCUCGUGACGGAGUUUCAGACUUUGAGACAGAGGAUUGAAGAGGAAUAUCGCGAGGUUGUUGAGAGACGAGUAAUAACAGUUACUGGUAGUCGACCAGAUGAAGAGACCAUCAAUAAUCUCAUUGAAACCGGAAACAGUGAACAGAUAUUCCAGCAAGCGAUGCAAGAAUCUGGACGCGGACAGGUGAUGAACACUUUGGAGGAGAUUCAGGAGCACUUUGGAGGAGAUUCAGGAGAGGCACGACGCUGUAAAGGAGAUUGAGAAGAAGCUCCUCGACCUUCAUCAGAUCUACCUCGAUAUGACUGUGCUAGUCGAAGCUCAAGGAGACAUUUUGGACAACAUCGAGAGUCAGGUGAGGAACGCAGUCGACCACGUCCAGUCGGGGACGACUGCGCUUCAGAAUGCGAGAAGACUGCAGAAGAGCUCGAGAAAAUGCAUGUGCUUUGCCAUUAUACUUCUCUUAGUAAUCGUAGCUAUUAUAGUGCUCAGCGUGAUCCAACCAUGGAAAAAUUGACACUUACUCUUUGCAUAUAGCUUUUUGUUUGCAUGUUUGUGAGCCUUGAAAGAGUUCCAUAUAUUUUAUAGGUGUCAUACCUCAAAUACAUUGAUACGAAUGUGUAUAAAUAAGUGGUAAA